ACAGGAGACGAAGAUGUCUGCUAGUCUGGGCUAUCAAGCCGCGCGAAGGCUCAUCCUGGGCGGAGCCACCAGAUGGUCGCACGCGGGAUGGCGUCAGAGAAGGAAAUUGCGGCACGCAUGAAGUCGACUGCAGGCAUCAACAAGAUCACCAAGACAAUGAAGAUGGUGGCAGCUUCCAAGAUGCGCGGCGAUGAGGACCGUCUCAAGGCAGGGCGCCCAUUCCAGAAAUGGGUGGAUGGCUUCACCCCACCCCCGGUUUUGCUGGAGGACUUUGCCAAAAGCCUGGACAAGCUCCCGCAGAGCAACCUCCUCGUGAUCAUCACCACGGACCGAGGCCUCUGCGGCGGCGUCAACUCGUCCCUGGCCCGUGUCAUGAAGCAUAUGGUUCCGGCCUUGGACAAGGAGAAGAAGGACGUGCAGCUUUUCAUCGUGGGGGACAAAGGACGCGCCACCAUGGGGCGUCCGCUGGGUGAAUUUAUCACACAAAUCAAUUCCGACUCCGGGACCCCGUACAAUUUCUCCUUGGCCGCAGCCCUUGCGCAAGACGUGACGCAGAUCAAGGCGGACGCGGUUCACGUGGUUUUCAACCGGUUCCGCUCGGCCAUCGCCUACGAAGCCACGGUGAAGACGCUCUACCCCCCUGCGGCCUUGACUGGCGAGCCCUACGUGGAGUACGAAUUCGAGCCCGACACCAAGACGGAGGUGCUGGACGAUAUGUACGAGAUGGCGAUUGCCACUACCAUGUUCACCUCCAUGCUGGAAAGUGCGGCGGCCGAGCAGUCUUCCCGAAUGAAUGCGAUGGAGAACGCGUCGAAGAACGGAGAGGACUUGAUCAAGGAGCUUUCCAUCCAAUACAAUCGAGCCCGGCAGUCUCGGAUCACUACCGAGCUUGUGGAGAUCAUCUCGGGGGCUUCGGCUUUGGAGGGCUAGGGAGAAGAUUGGCGGAGAGGAGAGGUUUGAAACUGUCUAGUAAAGAGGGAGGAGGAAGGAGGGAGGCCUUGGAAGACUUGUCCCGGCCUUGGUUCGAUUAAAGGGAGGAGUUAGUAGCUGCAGUAUCUUAGGGACCGUCUCUUGCAUACAGGAUAGGUGGCACAAAGAGGAUAGAGGUGCCUUGUGGGGUAGCCAAGGGCGGGUGGGGCGUUUGUCGGGGGAAAAAUGACCGUCCACGUGGUUGGCACCGGCGAAGCGCAAAGCUAUCUUGCGAAAACGAAAAAAGAAACAACGGACAACCAAUCCA